GUUUUUAAUAGGUUAAACCGGUAUCACGUUGCCUAAGUUGUCUAAUCGUGGUUAGACACUGAAACAUGUUGUUAUUACUUUCCAAGUCGGUACAAACCCAAUUUAACCACUUCGCUCGCACAAUGAAGAACGAACUUACGGGCGCAGAGCCCUCCGCAUGCGAUACAACUCCCUGUCUAUCUCAAGGAUCUUAAGGCGUAACACUUGCAAGAUCUGUAAUACGAAUCUACAAGAGUUCUAAAACUGUAAGUUCAAAUCCCAUGGAGAAAACCAAUAGACCAACCUCAAUAUGUUGUGCUAAAAACCCAAGUUGCAAUAGUGAUAAGGAUGAUAAAGGUGAUAAGGAUGAUAAAGGAGGAGGGUUGUGUUUGGAGGAUCACAUUAGUGGACUUCCAGAUGUUGUACUUGUUUCAAUCUUGUCGCUAUUGACAAUGAAAGAAGCUGGAAGAACUUGUAUCUUAUCAAAGAGAUGGAGGUAUAUCUGGACACACAUUAGUAGUUUGAACUUCGAUGCCUCACAUAUAAUCAAUGGAAUUCUACUCGGUGAAAAGGAAGUUGAAGUAGAAAAGCCUUUGUAUUUGAGUUGGGUUAAUCAAGUCUUGAAAUCGUACAACGCUUCAACUAUAGAUGAAUUCAGAGUACAAUUUGAUUUUGAUGAAAGUUAUAGAUUUGAUAUUGACAAUUGGGUAAACUUUGCAAUGGAAAAGAGAGUUAAAAGGCUUGAGUUGGACUUGACACAACGUACCGAUUAUAAUAGAGCGGAAGAGGAUUACAAUUUUCCUGACCCCAAUGGUAUUACAAAUCACCUGCCGUCAUUGUCUCUCUGGUUUACUAGCUGCAACCACCUGACCAGUCUCUUGUUGACGCACGUCAAUGUUACCGGACAAGUUCUCGAGUACUUCUUAACUAACUGUCCAUUUUUGGAAAAAUUGUAUGUAAAACACUCUGACGUUCUCGUAAAUCUGAAAGUUCCCCAUCUAUCACUCAAAUUGAAGUAUUUGGAGAUAAUUCGCUGCUUCAAUGUGGAAAGUAUUGAGAUUUUUGCAACGAAUCUCUUGUCAUUUAAGUACUUCGGACCAAAAAUAAGCCUGCCAUUUAAGAAUGUACAGCCGCCUGUUGAUUUGUAUAUUGGGGGUGCAUAUUGCGAUUAUCUAAUAUAUAAGUUUUUGGAUAUUUCAAGCUUUCUUUCUCAGCUAGAGAGCCUUACGUUGCAUAUUGCCAGCAUGACGCAGCAUACCUUUGAAGAUCCUGGUCUUGAAGAUACUAAAUUUCCUGUAUUACAUAAACUCAAGCGACUGGAGUUGAUAGUUGGUGCAACGGAUGAUGACAGCCUUACUGUUUUUACUCCCCUGAUAGAAGCAUGUCCUUUCUUGGCUAAAUUUGUGUUCAAGCUUGUAUGGGGCAAGCCAUUUCGGAAAAGAAUGCAUGAUAGGUUUACUUCUCGGCCCCAUGAGUACCUUAAGGUGGUGGAGUUCAUUGGUUUUGUUGGGCGUACAAAUGAUGUUGAGCUUGCCAUGUAUUUAAUCAAAAGUGCUGUGAAUCUUGAUAAAAUUACUUUUGAUCCUCGAGAUCCAGUUCUUAUAGGAACUCCAUGGGAAUUCAUGGUGACCAAGGAAAAAACAGCAGCGAGAAAGCGCGCCAAGAAGCUUGGAACCAAACUUCCUGUUGGGGCAGCUUUGGUAAUCCUUUAAUUAUAUAUGUUUGUAUAAGCUAUUUCUUCUACAUCCUUCUCAUUCUUAUUUUAUGAAGGAUCUUCAAUCUGUAUUGAACAAUAAUGGGAAAGAACACAUUUUGUUUGUGGAAUGACAGACGUUGAAUAAAAAUGAAUUUACUAGCAUUUUUUAGACUUUGUCCAAUGUGUGUAU